GGAACGCUGAGCUCUGACGUGUACUUGUCGUUCACCGGAAGUUUUAGUUAUAACUAGAAUAAACACGCGUUGGGAACGUUUAAUUCGGAUAAAAGAUGCACGUCACACGGUUGUUAUCCUCCCUUCUGUUGCUAUGCUCGAGCGCUGUCAUGGUAGCGCGGGGUGACGCAGGCCACAACCACGACCACGCCCAGAUUCCGCCAGAUCAAAGGCCAACGAACUUUAACGAUCCAAAGUUCACGCAGGACCAAGCACAUUUAAAAGAGCAUAUGAAAGAUGAGAUCAACAUGAAGGAACGACUUUCGCCGGAAGAGAUGGAGUUCCACUACUUUAGGUUACACGACACAAACAACGACACACACCUGGAUGGUAUCGAGAUCAUGCAGGCAAUGGCGCACAUGUUACCCGUGCCGGAUCUCACACUGCAAGAAAAACUGGGCAAAUCCAAGGAGCAGAUUGACGCCAUAAUGCUUGAACGUCAAGAAGGCAUGAUGAAAUACUAUGAGGAUAUCAUCGACCGUGUUUUGAGGGACGAUGACGUCGACAAGGACGGCUACCUGACUUACUCGGAGUUUGCGCGCGCCCGCCGGCGCGAGGAAUACCACAACGCACGCAUGCACGAGGAGCAGAUGCACAAGCAACAGAUGCAGUUUGAACAGUUCCAGCAGUAUCAGGCCAUGCAGGCACAGAACCAGCAAGGCAACAAGGGCGCCGUGAAUAACAAUGUUCAAAACCCACCAAACCCCAACAUGCAGAAUAUGCAACAGCAACAACAGUUCCAGCAGUUCCAACAAUUCCAGCAGCAACAACAAAAUCAACAGCAGGGACAAGCGCACGGACAGGGGAAGGGGCAGGGACAGGGGCAACAGCAGCAGCAACAGCAACAACAACAAUACAAACAGUGAUAGUUAGAUAGUUAAUAGUGGUAGCUUAUUUAUGGUUAAACUGAGGAAACACCCGUGUAUGUGUGUGCAAUCGAAUCAUUGAUGGUGCAAGUGUGUGGAAUAGAAAUUGCCAAAUAAUUUAAUGUGUUUGUUUAUGUCUCUGUAUAGAAUGUUUAGCAUCCCUGCUGCCUGUGGUACCUUUGUAUCAUACGUUCGGCGUAGUAAAUGGAAUGGUUUUGGUGCAACAGCGUGUUAGUUUCUAUAAAUGUAUAUUACUUUAUGAUGAAUUGAAAUAAAUAAAAUGAUCUAAAU